AUGGCAAACAAGCAAGGAAAGAUGGUCAGUUAUCCUCCUCUUCCCCUCCUUCAUAGCUUUAUGUUGACAAUAUAGGCUGACUUUAUUCCCAUCCUAGGCCGGUCUCGUACGUUGCCCUUCCUCCAGAUUAUAUUCCAGACGUGUGCGCAAUGUUUAGAGAAGAGAAUGGUGAGGCUGAUUUGGAAAUAGAUCAACUACCGGAUGAGAGUGACCAUGAAUGAUGGGCGCCAAAUGGUGGGACAGAUGUUGGCAUUCGACAAAGUGAGAUUUAUUUGCAGUUGCAAGCAUCUUUCGUGCUAACUCUUUUCACAGCACAUGAACCUCGUUCUCGCAGAUACUGAAGAGUUUCGACGCGUCAAGCGCAAAGCCCCCAAGACCUCCACCGCCCCAGGCGCAAGCAGUACCACUGCACCACUCGUCGAAUCCGAAGAGAAGCGUACAUUGGGACUUACAAUUGUUCGAGGCGCCCACAUCAUUUCCCUCUCCGUAGAGUCACCACCUCCAGCGGACCCAGCUGCAAGAUUGGGAGCUAGUGCACCAGGCGGUGCUCCUUCUGCUUUGUCCGCUGGAACUGGAAUUGCAAGACCGGCUGGAAGAGGUGCUGCUGUUGGAUUGGCUGUAUGUUUAUAUGAAUGUAAUUUGAGGGAGUCCGCUAAUUGUGUUGUAGGGUCCUGCUGCUGGUGUUGGUGCACCCCCAGCUUUCGGAGGUUUCCCAGGAGCUCCACCAUUUGGCGGUCGAGGAGGUAAUAUAGCAAAUUCCUGUUUCUGUUUCGAAUAUGUUCUAACCAAUUUCUAGGCCCACCACCAGGAUUCCCGGGAUUUCCUCCUGGACAAGGUCCCCCACCAGGAUUUGCCCCUCCAAGAAGAUAAGAUAUGAAGGAAACGAGAUGAGAAAUAUAAUAAUGAAUAUCAUUCAUUGAAAUUUGCCAUAGGCGCAGAAAUUCAAGCACAGUCACGGCGUUGAUGGGGAGUUUGGCUUCAAAGCAAAAAGCGUUCAUCCUAAACUGUAGAAUAGGCACCGCCAACCAUAUCAGAAUGGAAUAUGGAUGUUUUUGAGAUACUGCUACAAUGUUGAGAUCCUGAUUACUGCCACA